AUGGUGGUGGAGGAGAUCUUGGUGACCCUCUCUGGUGGUGCUCCAUGGGGCUUCAGGCUGCAAGGAGGAGCGGAGCAGCAGAAACCCCUCCAAGUGGCAAAGGUACGCAGGCGGAGUAAGGCGUGCCGAGCCGGGCUAAAGGAGCAGGACGAGCUGGUUUCCAUCGGAGAGCACCGCUGUUCCGAGCUGAGCCAUGCCGAGGCCAUGAGUCUGUUGGACCAGCACAACACCACUCUGCUGCUGAGGAUUAAGAGACCUGCUCCAGGGUUUCUCUCCUCGCUGCCGUCCCGGAUGUUCUCUCCACUCUCGGACGUCCUGCAUCAGAACGGCCCCUGUGCUGUGGCGAUCACCUCACCUCCGGACAGUGAGGCGUAUUACGGAGAAACCGACAGCGACGCAGACACUCAGACCCUGAUGCCACGCCGCCCGCGCAGGACCCCCCCUCACGCCCGCUCCCCGAGUCGCUAUGACGACAACGAAGAGGAGACAUCCGAGAUGAGCGGAUAUGAAAGCGCUCCGGACGCCGCAAUUACCGUUGGGGUCCCGAAGCGCGAGCUCGUGUUCCAACCCCUGCAGCCCGACUGGGAAACCCCGUCUCACACGCCUCACACCCUCACCCCUCGCACCCUGUCCCCCGGCCCAGAGGCCGACGGAGAGGGGGACAGUGGCUUCCAGGAGGCGGGAGGCAGGAUUGUGGCCCUGACCUGCCCCCCUCUGGUUUCUCCAGAGCGGGCCAAGGAGGCGCUGAUGCUGGCCUGCGGAGUGGUGCCCAUGGUGGGACCCCAGGAGAGCGCGGUGAACGACGAGCUCUCCACCACCUACAAGGACAAGGCGCGGAAAGCCAGUGAGUGA